AUGGGUGAGAAGUCGCUCCGCGUGCCCGGAUCCGGGGAGGGUCGUAGAGAAGAAUGGUUUGCUGAUGAGAAACCCGCAGAUGUCAAGGCAACUGCCUUGUUGAAGCUAAUAUACCUGGAAAUGGUCGGUCAUGACAUGUCAUGGGCGUCUUUCCAUGUCCUCGAGGUCAUGUCCUCAGCCAAAUACCCCCAAAAGCGUGUUGGGUAUCUGGGAGCUGUCCAGAGCUUCCGCGCCGACACCGAAGUCCUCAUGCUGGCGACCAACUUGUUGAAAAAGGACUUGAGUGCUGCCGCACCGACGGUCAUGUCCUUACCGAUUGCGACGCUUCCUCACGUUAUCACGCCCUCGCUCGCGCUCUCGACCCUUGCCGAUUUGCUGCCACGACUGAACCAUAGUCAUGCCAAUAUACGAAAGAAGACCCUUGUCACGCUUUACCGACUUGCCCUUGUAUACCCCGAAGCGCUGAGGGUAGCGUGGCCUAAGAUCAAAGAGCGACUUAUGGAUGCAGAGGAGGACCCCAGUGUCACGGCAGCAAUUGUAAAUGUCGUGUGCGAGCUUGGCUGGCGCCGGCCGCAUGACUUUCUACCGCUGGCGCCGAGACUGUUCGAGCUACUGGUCGACGGAGGCAACAAUUGGAUGGCUAUCAAACUGAUCAAGCUGUUUGCGACCCUGACGCCGCUCGAGUCUCGACUUGUCAAGAAGCUAUUGCCGCCGUUGACGAAUAUUAUACGAACGACUCCAGCCAUGUCGCUAUUAUACGAAUGCAUCAAUGGCAUCAUCCAAGGCGGCAUUCUCGGGAGUGCUGAUGAUACCGACACCGAGGAAAUCGCAACGCUUUGUGUGAAUAAACUGCGAGGCAUGAUUAUCAUGAACGGAGAUCCAAACUUGAAAUACGUUGCCCUCUUGGCAUUCAACAAGAUUGUCCUUACCCACCCUUACCUUGUGUCCCAGCAAGAAGAUGUCAUCCUCGAGUGCAUUGACAGUCCAGAUAUCACGAUCCGGAUCCAGGCUCUCGACCUCGUCCAGGGCAUGGUUACGAGCGACAACUUGGUCACUAUUGUCAGUCGACUAAUGAAACAGCUCAAGGCUGCCACAUACGCGAAAGGGAAACUUGACGCGGGUUUAGAUUCGACAGAUGCGUCAGGGGAAUCUGAUGAUGAUUCGCAACAGGUCACUAGUGCGGCGCCCAAUAAAACUGCAAUGUCAAUUCCCGACGAUUACAGGAUUGAUGUUAUCGGAAGAGUUCUGUUCAUGUCUUCCAAAGACAAUUACGCAAAUAUUGCCGACUUUGAUUGGUAUAUUGAUGUUCUGACCCAACUUGUUCGUAUGACACCGGCAUCAAGAUCAGCUGAUGGCGAUGCCGAGGCUGCUGCAAACAAACGAUCCGCUGCUAGCGUAUCGGAAAAGAUUGGAAACGAACUACGAAAUGUUGCCGUCAAAGUCCGAGCUAUGCGCCACUCUAUUCUACGCGCUUCAGAGAGCAUCCUGUCGCAGCUUCUGAUGGACACUCCAGCUGGACACUCCAUCACAUGUGAGGCGCUCAAGUCGGUCGCUUGGCUACUCGGUGAAUACUCCGAUAUGCUGUCUACGCCAGAUGACACAAUCAAUGCACUGAUACAACUCACGACACGGACCGCUAAGCCCGAUGUUGCAGCUGUUGUGAUACAUGCAAUCGCCAAGGUCUUUGCGUCCCUGACGGGAAGCGAAUCAGAGUUGUGGACUGCCGAAAGAAAGUCGAGGACGUCGUUGCUGUUGGCUCGCAUACUACACUCCAUGGAGCCACUCACAUUGAACCCCAGCCUCGAGGUCCAGGAACGUGCUGUCGAGUUCACGGAAUUGCUCAAACUCACAGCUGAAGCGGCGUCCGGCCAGCCUGCGUCUACAGAUGAAGAGCCACAAGACCCUCCCCUUCUACUGACACAAGCAAUACCGUCGCUAUUCAAUGGUGGCGAGCUUAACUCUGUCGCGGCUGGUGCUCAACUAAACGUGCCGAUCCCUGACGGUCUUGAUUUGGAUGAGCCAAUUCACUCGAAUCUCAAUCAUCUCCUCUCCAGGGCCGACAUUGUUACUCUCGACACCGACGACUCCGAUGAGUUUGAGGUUUAUUAUCACCAGAAGCCAGCGCCCACGAGUGUUUCGUCCUCUGCCCCUGCCAUUAGCCUCCUUGCCGAGCCGGACGAGAAUAUCGGCACAUCUUACCAACAGCCCUCUGAGGAUAGCUAUCUGGACGCCGACAUUGUUGCCCGACGGAAAGCGGACAGGAUAGAGAGAAACAAGGACGACCCCUUCUAUAUCGGCAGUGACAGGGUACCGCAAACCUCAAACUCUAUUCAUAACAUUCUUCAAACUAGCAACGGACCGGAUCUCGACAUUGAUGCGAUUCCUGUCAUGCAGCUCGACCUAGAUAAGCUGAAUACGCCAGCGCCGGCGGCGAAAGUACAGCGCUCGCCAGCUAAGCCACGACAACGCGUCGUGAUUGCCGCAGAUGAGACCCUGCAAGGCAGCGACGGCUCGCCCCGCAACUACGAUUCAGAGAAUAAUUCAGACUCCAUAGCGGCCCGGGGCCGGGCAAGGAAGCUCAAGCAGCAGUCCCUCCUGCAAGUGGACUCGAGCACCAUUGGCUCCUUUAGCCUCGAGGGCGAGUCCAAGGGCGGCUUCGACUACGAGCAGCAGCAGCGCGAGGAGGCUGAGAUGCAGCAGGCGAUGCGGGAGGUGGAGCGUCUGCGUCUGGAGAUGCAGCGCGCUAAUGAGCGCAUCCAGGUCGCGCAGGGCGUCGAUGCCGAGGGUGCCGUUGUCAAGAAGAAGAAAAAGAAGAAGACGACAACUCCCAAGCUGGACGGUGACGAGGCGGCGGCGACGGCGCCCGGCGUGGAGACGGUGGUUAAGAAGAAGAAGAAAAAGGUCGCCAAGGUGACUCCCGAGGAGGCGCAGGACGCUGACGAGGCUGAGGUGGGUGUGGUUGCGCCAAAGAAGACAAAGAAGAAGAAGAAGACGACUACGACGACGACGACGACACCUGCGGCCGCUGUGAAGGCAGAAACGGGCGAUGCAUAA